AUGUAUCACCGUAUCUGCACAUUCGAACUGCAUGUUCAGGUCCGUACUCGCUUCCAAGCUCGCUUAGAAGAUGGACCCAACUUGGAAGCACUAGGGAAAAAUUCUACUCCGGUAUCGAAACCUCCAAGACCAGUAUUUCUGCUUAAUUUGAAGAAGAAUACCGGCGAUACGGUCGACAUUGCAGUGAUGAAUACAGACAACGCUGCUAGAUUAGCAAAAGAGUUAGGCAGAAAGCAUGGUUUUACUGAUGACCAAUGUAGAAUGCUCCGUCUCACACUUGAGAGGGAACUUGAGGCUAGACUUGGCCUUUAA